GGAGCGCGUGCAUGUGCCUCCGCCGCCUCGCGCUUGCUCGCUUCACGCCGCGCUAGCACACGAGCUAACAAGAUGUCCAGGGUGUACAUCGGCCGACUGAGCUACCGCGCCCGGGAGAAGGACGUGGAGCGGUUCUUCAAGGGCUACGGGAAGAUCCUGGAGGUGGACCUGAAGAACGGCUAUGGGUUUGUUGAAUUCGAUGACCCCCGCGACGCAGACGAUGCCGUGUACGACCUGAACGGCAAAGAGCUGUGUGGAGAGCGGGUCAUCGUGGAGCACACCAAGGGGCCCCGGCGUGAUGGAGGCUACGGUGGUGGUGGUGGUGGAGGAGGAGGAGGAGGAGGCGGCGGAAGGAACCACGACAAACCGUUACAAUCCCCCUCACAGUCUUCAGGGCAUCCCAGAGGUCAUCAAACUACAAGUGGAUAUGGACGCUUUGGAAGAGACAGAUAUGGUCCGCCUAUAAGGACAGACUAUCGGCUCAUUGUUGAGAAUCUUUCCAGCCGCUGCAGCUGGCAGGAUUUAAAGGACUACAUGAGGCAGGCAGGGGAGGUGACUUACGCCGACACCCACAAGGGCCGGAAAAACGAGGGGGUGAUAGAGUUCAGGCUCUACUCUGACAUGAAGAGGGCCCUGGAGAAGCUGGACGGCACCGAGGUGAACGGCAGAAAGAUCCGGCUCAUCGAGGACCGACCCGGAGCCCGGCGCCGCCGCUCUUACUCCCGCAGCCGCAGCCACUCCAGGUCUCGCUCCAGGAGCCGCAGGUCUCGCAAGAGCCGCAGCCGCAGUGAGAGCAGCAGUCGCAGCCGCUCUCGCUCCAGGGCGGCGUCCCAUUCCCGCAGCCGAUCUCGUAGCAAGAAGAAUAAGACUAAGGUGAAGAAGGAGGAGGAGGAGCGCAGCAACGGUGCUCAGAAGAACAAGGAUCGCAGCAGGAGCCGCUCCCCCAGGAGCCGCUCCCCCAAGAGCCCUAAGAGCCGCUCCCCCAAGAGCCGCAGCCCCAAGAGCAAAAAGGCCAAGAAGGAAGGGAAGAAGAUAAAGAAGGAGGAUUCCCGGUCCAGGUCCCGCUCUCGCUCCAGGUCUCGUUCUCGAUCAGGAAUCAAAGAUCGCUCCAGGAAGUCGGGCUCAAAGGGCCGCGAGCCGCCGAAGAGUGACGAGGAGGGAGGCGAGCCCGAGAGGGGCUCUCGCUCCCGGUCCCGCAGCCCGGUCGACCUCAAAUCCAGAGCCAGGUCCAAAUCCCGGUCUAAAUCCAAGUCCCGCUCCCCCCCACCUGCCAAAGCCCGCACACACUCCCGGUCCGCCUCACGAUCAGAGUCCCGCUCCAAAUCCCGCUCCCCGUCUCGUUCCCGUUCCCGCUCCUAGUUUCAGGUCGUGGACUGUUUGUCAUGAGCCCUCAUCCCAGUGUCUCCCCCCCACCACCACCCCACACCCCCGUCCCUCUUCUACGUCCCCCAGACGCUGCCCCUGCCUCCUGUUUUUUGAUAAAUAGCUGUAGGAAACCAGGCACUCCCGCUUGAUGUCUUUUAUGCUCAUGCUUCUCCAUUUCAUUUGACCUUUACGCAGCAUUUGUUUUCAUUAGACGUCUCGUGUGGAGGUGUUUGUAAAAUAACAGGGUGCAAUCUCAGUUUUAUAAGUUUAAAUGAUAUGGUGUGUGUGCGUGUGUCUUUAGCCUUUUUUUAAUCACAUGUAGGAGCAUACCGUUUUUUUGUCAAUAUGCCUGGUGGGAUCGUGUUGUGACAUCUCCUCACCUUUUGUGAAACCCUUGUAUCAUUUUAUUUCAGAUUAAAAAAAAAAAAUACCAGCUCUGGA